GAGGGAAGAAAGAGAGAAAGAAAGGGAGGGAUGGAGGGAAAGAAAAAGGAAGGAAAGAAAGAAAGAAAGAAAGAAAGGGAAGUUAGAAAGAAAAAGGAAGGGUCCUCUCCCUCCGCAAAGGAGGACAAGAGACCUCAAAAUGCAAGCCAUCCAAGAAAACAGGCAGGGCAUGGCCAAACAAAAGAGCUCACACCAAUGCAAGUGCCUCCUCCUCGGCCAGGCUGAGAAGGGAGGACCUGGUGGGCAGCAGGCAGAGGGAGGGCAGGGGAAGGGGCGAGAGAUGGUCGCCUGCGGAGGAGGAGGAGGAGGAAGGCGGAAGGAGAGGAAGGCCAGGGCCAGAGGAGCCCGCUUUAGGGCAGCAGCAGCAGCAGCAGCAGCAGCAGCAGCUGCACGUGACGCGGUUCCUGGAAAGUUCCUGGAAAGCGGCCUCUGCGUUGCUGCUGCUGCUGCCCUUCCUUCCUUCCUUCGCCGGAGAGGAGAGGAGAGGAGGGGAGGAUGCUCCCAGUCCAGCAGCAGCAGCUCCGCUUCAGAGCCCGACGCAGAGCCUCCUGGAGCUGAAGCGGAGGAAGGGGAGCGGUGGCAGGGGCCUCUUGCUCCGGGGGCUUCCCUGGGGCCCUUGGGUGGCAUGGGCUUUGCUGGACUGCAGCCUCUUCCCUCCCUUCUCAGGUGCAAGUCUGGAGGAGGAGGGCAGGAUCCAGACCUGGAGGACAAUCCUUAUGCAAAGGGCUCUUGUUGGGUGGCACCUUUGAGACUGGAGUGAAAGAAAGAAAGAAGCUGGUGGCAUAGACUUUGGCAGACUCCAGACUCCUUCCCCAGAUGGACGUUUUUAAGGUCUGCAACUAACUGAAAGAAAGGAGACCUGGAGCUGCUUCCUCAGAUGGAUCCUUGGAGGGAAGAAUCCAGAGAGAGAAGCCCACGGAAAGAAAGGAGCCAAAAGCCUGAGCUGCCCUAGGCUUGAGGCUACAUUCCUCGAAGGAGAAAAAGAGAAGGAAGGUUUGGAGGGAAGAGAAAAGACUUGUUUAAGGGAAAGAAAGAAAGUCAUUUCCUCUGACAGAUGACCCAGAGGCAGACCUUUGAGAACCACUGAAAGAAAGAAAAGCUGAUGGCAUGAACUUUGGUAAGGCUUGAGCCACUUUCCUCAGAUACAUAUUUGGAGAAGAGGAUCCAGAGGCAGACCUUUGAGACCCACUGAAAGAAAAGCAGUUGGGAUCAUGAGCUCUGGCAAACUUGAGGCCACUUCCUCAGAUGCAGGUUUGGAGUGGAAAACCCAGAGACAGGCCUUGGAGACUCGCUGAAAGAAAGGAGCUGGGAGUAUGAGCUUUUGUAGUCCUUUCCUCAGAUGCCUUUCUGGAAGGGAAGAUCCAGAGACAGACCUUUUGAGACUCACUGAAAGACCGAAGUUGGGAGCAUGAGCUUCCAUAGACUGAAGGAGCCUUAAUUUCAUCCAGUGCUUGGAUCCAGAGACAGACCUUUGAGAUAUAGGGACUCAGAGGAGAGGGGAGCCUCCUCUAUCCCCCUUCUUCUCUUCCAACCUGACCAAACCUAAGGCUUGGCCUCCAUGCUCCUGGCCCAACGUCGAGGCUCCUGGGCCCUAGCUGGCCCCCAAUGACCCUCUCCUCGGAGGGCAACGAAAGGGCCGGAGGAGGGACCCACUGGACAGAGGCCCCUGACCAAGUGGCGGGCCUGGACUCGGCCAUGAGGGAACUCAGGUGCACAGGUUGGUACUGGGGUAACAUGAGUAUUGCAGAAGCCAAAGAAAAAUUACAAGAUACAUCUGAAGGAACUUUCCUGGUCAGAGACAGUUCUCACUCUGAAUACCUGCUCACUAUUUCUGUGAAAACAUCAGCAGGACCUACCAACUUGCGCAUUGAAUUUCAAGAUGGCAAAUUCCGAUUGGAUUCUCUUGUCUGUGUUCGAUCAAGACUUCGACAGUUUGACAGUGUGGUUCAUUUGAUUGAAUACUAUGUUCUUAUGUGCAAGGACAGAAGAACAGUUUCUGAAAUGCCUUCCAAUGGAUCAGUUCAUCUUUACCUGAAUAAACCCCUCUAUCAUUCAACUCCGUCUCUACAGCACCACUGUAGAAUAGCUAUAAACAGAUACACAAAUGAAAUCCAGGAACUUCCUCUACCAACAAGACUGAAGGAAUUCUUGAAAGAAUAUCAGUAUCAGGUAUAAGUACACCAUCUACUCUGCCUCAUUUUUUAAAAAUAGCAACAACAACCUUGAAUACAAUUGUAUGAAAAUCAAAAUCUUCAGCAUUCAGCUACAUAAUGCAACACAUAGGUAACUGAAAGAUACGAUGGAUAGAUGGGGCAACUGCGUUUAAUGUUUCACUAUCAAAACUGGUACAGAAUAAUGACCCUGAUGGUGAUUGAGUGGCCAGUAUCUAAACCUCACUUUGGGAAAACUGCCUUCAAGGGGACAAUGACAACAGAGAGAAGGAGAAAUUCAUUGCCCUCUGAAUUUGUCCACCACAAAUUGUUUUAUAUGUGAUUAGGGCAGAACCACAUCUAAAAAUGUGUUUACACAUACAGUUAGCCUGCCAUAUCCACGGAUUCCUAAUCCACAGUUUGAAAAUAUUAAAUAUAUAUCUAUAUAGAAAAAUUUCAUUAUGGGCCGAUACAGAUAGGCCAAAAUAAAGCUGUUUCGGGUCACUUUGGAGGUAUGCUGUUUAAAUGCUUCAUGCCUCCUAAGACUCCGGAAGCCACACCAAAGCCACGAUCCAGUCCUAAGGACUGGAAUG